UUCAUUAUUCUUUAGUCAAGCAUACAAAUAUAUCUUCUCUAACUUUGAAUGUUUCACUGAAUUCCUCGCUAGUUAUGGGUUCGUUUAAGAGAGAAACCAAAAGCUCAACUCCCCUAUUCCCUGACUUAAACGAUACUGAUAAGAUUGAAUUAGAAAAUGUCGAGACCAAGGUAAAAGUCGACGUCGAAGAAGAACGCGUUCAAUGGGGUAGUAAGCUAGAUUUUAUGUUAUCUUGUGUGGGGUACGCUGUUGGUCUUGGUAAUGUUUGGCGUUUUCCUUAUUUAUGCUACUCAAACGGAGGAGCAUCGUUCCUGAUUCCCUAUUUCAUGGCAUUAGCUGUUAAUGGUGUACCACUGUUCUUUGCUGAGCUUGCUAUUGGUCAGUACUUUAGUGUAGGUACUAUUGGUAGUUGGACAGCGAUUUGUCCAAUCGCAAGAGGUAUUGGUUUUGCCCAGAUAAUGGUCACGUUCCUGGUCAGUAUUUACUAUAACGUUAUUAUCGCUUGGUGUGUACUAUUUCUAUUUCAAUCCAUGCGUGCUGACGUUCCCUGGAAAACAUGCGGUAAUUCCUGGAAUACAGACUUUUGUAGAAAAAAGAGAUUUCUAGGAGGAAAUGCAACUAUUAAUUGCACAGAAUUGAAUCUACCACAAAAUUGCACACCUGAAUGGAAAUCGCCAUCCGAGGAAUUCUUCAAUAACGAAAUUCUACAAAUCAGUGACAGCAUAGAAAACUUAGGUGGGUUUAACUGGCAAGUCACCCUAUCUCUAAUCUGCGCAUGGCUGAUAGUAUAUCUCUGUACAGUCAAAGGUGUCAAGUCAUCAGGCAAGGUCGUGUAUUUUACCGCUACGUUUCCAUAUAUUGUUCUAAUAAUCCUGUUCUUCCGUGGUGUUACCCUGGAAGGGGCGGGUCAAGGUGUGUUAUUCUACAUGAARCCAAUAUUCAGUAAACUACUGAACGCAGAGGUAUGGGUGAAAGCCGCUACUCAAAUCUACUACUCGCUUGGUAUAGGUUUUGGUACUCUACUUACGUUUGGUAGCUAUUUACCAUUCCGUAAUAACUGUCAAAGAGAUGCACUCAUCGUGUCCCUUAUUAACUGUGGUACGAGUUUCUUUGCKGGGUUUGUUAUCUUCAGUGUGGUUGGUUACAUGGCUUUCUUCCUKGAGACAUCAGUAGACAAAGUAGCUGAUAGCGGUCCUGGACUCGCCUUCGUUAUCUACCCAGAAGCCAUCUCUCAGAUGCCUGUGUCGACACUGUGGGCCAUACUGUUCUUCUUUAUGCUGAUAACGCUAGGACUUGACAGCCAGUUUGCAGGCGUAGAGUGUGUGGUUACAGCGUUGUCUGACGAGUAUCCCAAGUAUCUUCGUAAAUACAAAUGGUUGUUUCUAAUAGCUAAUGUCAUCGUAUAUUUUUUACUGGCAUUACCAAUGUGCACAGAGGGCGGUAUGUACGUGUUCAACCUGUUCGAUUAUCAAACUGGUGGUAUCUCUCUUCUUGUUCUUGUAUUCUUUGAAGCAGUAUGCCUUGGAUGGGGUGUUGGUUGUGAGAAUUUGAGUGAUAUGAUGGAGACUAUGACUGGUCAUCGACCAAACAUGUUUUACCUGGUUUGCUGGAAAUACAUAUCACCAUUAUUCACAUUGUGUAUCAUCCUUGCWCAACUCGCUAUGUGGGAAGGUGUGAAAUACAACAACAAACCCUAUCCAGGCUGGGCAGAGUUCGUUGGKUGGAUGCUCGCUUUUGCUUCUAUGUGUCUAGUACCGAUAUUUGCCGUUACACAGUACUACUACGCAGAGGGAAAAACCACUGUUGARAAACUUCGUAAGAUACUCACUCCAGACCCCGAGAUAAUGAAGGCAGUUAGUGAACGCCACAAUCUUAAACCAAACAAACUAAGUAUUAGUUAAAAACACYAGUAUACAGUUCUAAUACUAUUUGUAUAGGAUCAUAUUUUUAUAAAAUCCAUUUAUAUGCAAAACUUGCAGAAUAAAGCAUUAUGGUACGUUGUCAA